GAGCGGGGGCCGCGCCAGCACCCGCCGGGGCUUUGGGCGUGCUGCUGGCGCGAGCGGUGGCGGGCGCCGCCGCCGAGAAUUCCACGGGGCCUGCACGCCGCUCCGCGGCCCGCGAGGCCGGGGUCGCUCUGAGGUCUGAAGAGCGCCUGGGCCAGCGGCCGGCGGCCGAGCCGCCUUGCCCCCCCUCUGGGCGCGUGGGGCGCGCGCGGCCGCGCACACAACCGAGUUUUCGACCCGCUUUUGGCAUGUGCUCAUGGGACUCGGCCUGGUAA